UGGGAUAUACUGGUAAACACACAAAUUUGAUGUUCUUUUAUGUUCCCAAAAAUGACUUAUUUUCCAGGAUGAAUAUUGUCGUCAGUCAUUGUUGGGUCAUGGACCAUGUUUCUGAGGUGAGUUCCGCCGUGUUUUCGGAUGCGCAGUGCGCUUUGCUCCCGCUGCUGACUUGGACUAUUGCAGCAGGACUGUCCGAGAGUGUAACGCUGGUGUCUACGAGACACUUCCACUGAUAGCUGACUUAUUACGACUUCAUCGAAUUGUUUCGCCAUGGAACAUCGGUGGUCUUUUGUCAUUACGCAACGUCUUCUUUUCGACCUCUGCAGCGGAGGAACUGGUCUGAGCCCUCUUUAAAGAUUUUUGUUUUUUAUAUAUAUAAAACUGCAUUUACCGAGUAGCCUACAUCUGCCACUUCUGAGAAAACAGCAAACGUAAUUUUUUUUUGCCAAUUAACCAGAUGGACUCUGCUCCGGUGGAGGUAUCAGCUUAUUUUUGACUCUCACGGGGAAAUGACUGACAACCAGGAAACCCCAGAUGCUCAGGACACGACUCCGUCCGGGAGAGCGACCUUGCCGCUCCGGCCGCCUUGUGAGCGCCUUUCAUGCCACAAGAGCAACGUGUGCUCCCGCUCCUAUUUCGUAGUAGUAAUGGUGUUUUUUCAUGUAUAUAUCAUUAACGUUAUAGCACUGCUGUUUUACGUGCACUACAGCAGCGGACAGGAACAUGCGACCCAGAGUCGUGAUGCUCCCAGCAGUAACCAGCGCCUUGAGUCUCGACGUCCGCCAUCAAAACCUGUAUUUCUGCGCGAUGUUUCCCUCUCAAGAGUCGAGGGAAUUAGAGUGGGACAUGUCCAGAGCCUGUCACUGGUGCCAGGGAAAGUGCAUGAAAUGCGGACUCUUAGUCUAAAACCUCUGCUGUUUGAGAUCCCUGGGUUUCUGUCCGAGGAUGAGUGCCGGGUUGUGAUGCAACUGGCACAGCUGAAGGGUCUAAUGGAAAGUCAGCUAAUGGUGCAAGAAGACCAGGAAGAACUGGCAAGGGAGCUCAACCUUAGCCCAGAGGAGAUCUUCAACCUUCUUGAUAACAACCAGGAUGGGCAGUUGCAGAUUCAUGAGAUACUGACUCAUUCUCGAGUGAGGGACGGCAUCUGGCUCACACCUGAGAAUCUUCGAGAAAUCUACGCUGGGCUAAACGUUGACAAGGAUGGCAAUGGUUUGUUGAGUCUGGAAGAGUUCAGGCUUCUGAGCAAUGAUGCCUUCCAGCGCUUCCUGCUGCAGCGAGGAGUGGAAAGGAGUCAGCUGGUGAGGAACAGCAGACACACCUGGCUCUACCAGGGCAAAGGAGCCCACCAGGUUCUCCAAGACAUCAAGGCAAGAGUGACUCGCCUCACCCGGCUUCCGCCUACAUUAGUGGACCUCAGUGAGCCACUCCAGGUGGUGUGCUAUCAGGAGGGAGGGCACUACCAUGCUCACCAUGACAGCGGCCCUGUUUAUCCUGAAACCGCUUGCACGCACACACGCCUCGCAGCCAACACCUCCACCCCUUUUGAGACAUCUUGCAGGUACAUCACAGUUCUCUUCUACCUGAACUCUGUUGAUGGGGGCGGGGAGACCGCAUUCCCUGUGGCAGACAACAGGACCUAUGAUGAAGUGUCUCUCAUACAGAAUGACGUGGAUCUUUUGGACACAAGAAGGAACUGUGACAAGAGUAACCUGAGGGUGAAGCCUGCCAAAGGGACAGCUGUUUUCUGGUACAACUACCUUUCAGAUGGAAAAGGUUGGGUGGGGGAGCAGGAUGAAUAUGCUCUGCAUGGAGGCUGCAUGGUCACUCGUGGCACUAAGUGGGUUGCCAAUAAAUGGAUCAACAUCGAUCCAGAUUACCAACGGCAGGCUCACUACCAGCAGUUGGUGUCACAGCAGCCAGAAGACGAGGACGAUGGUCUGACUCUGAGCCCUGACAUGCAGGGUACUGAUAUUCAUCAAGACCUGUAGCUCAUAAACCAAAUUUAUAUGAAACUAUAUACAAUCUACUUAGCCUUUCUCAGUCCUGUGCACAAUGUUUUUGGUAUGUCUGUGGCCAGCAUGUAGAGGACAAGAUUUAUUCAGGGAAUGAGGUCACAGUGAGUUUAUGCAACUGUAAAGAAAGUUUUUUGUUAAAUACUGUUUGGAUUUUGCAAUCUUGUUGUUUUUCAAUCAAUUAUUUCAGAUUUUAGGAAUGUUGCACUAGAAACUCAGUGAAGGAGUUGAGACAAAAGCCUUCCUUUGCAUGCACAUGUUUUGCUGUUGCUAGGAGCAAAAACUGCACUUGAAAAUUGAAAUGGCAGCUGUUAGCAUAUCAAUGUGCCACCUUAUUCUUGCUGCCAUCACCAAAAAUGUAACGCAUGUUGCCUUGUCUCUGUUUCUUGAAUUCAUUGUUGUUGUUUCUUUUCUGCCCUAUUGUUCUAGAUUAAAAUGCACAAUUGUUUGCAUGUUUCAUGGUAUUAUUUUUUUCUUAAUUUCUCUAAAAAUGCACUAUGUCACUCCCCUACACUGAAUAAACCUAAACUGUAUCCUGUCAAAAUUAGGUG